CUCCAAAAACAGAAAUUAUAUCCAAAGCUCAAACAUUUCUCUCUCCAAAUUCCCCAAAUGUUCCCGCACAACAGCAACAGCAGCCCAAUCCCAAAGAAACGGCACCGUAUCAACAGUUCCACCCGCCUCUCUUCUCUCUCCCCCUCGGUUGCCACCGCCGUUGAUUCCUCCGUUCCAUUUCUCUCUACUCCCAUCUCCGGCGGCUUCAACGAUGCUUCCACUGCCGACAUCCUCCUCCGCCUCUUCUACGAUUCCGAUUCUCCCUCUUCCGUCGCCGAUACCUUCGAUUCUUCAUCCGAUGAUGUUCAAGUCUACCUUCAUUCCUCCGCGCUUUGCAGGGCGAAGUAUUUCUCAGCUUUGUUCUCUGAUCGAUGGAGCAAAAACGAUGAUGAUCGGGAAAGGUUGAAUUAUCAGAAGGCGAAUCUCGCGGUUUUACCAAAAUCAGGUUCGAUUAGUGCUCAUUUGAUUGUUCUCCGAUUGCUUUAUAGUGAUGACUUGUCAAACGCUAUUAAUUCCGCGGCUACGGCGAUUUCUAUUUUGCCUGUUGCGAUGAAGUUGUUGUUUGAUGAUUUGGUGAAACAAUGUGUGAAGUUUCUGGAAGCUGUUCCGUGGAGUGAGGAAGAGGAAGAAGAGAUAUUGAAUUUGGUUCCUUUUUUGAGUGAGGAUGAAUCGAAUGAGCUUUUAGCUAGGGUUUCGACAUCGAAAUUGGAUUCAUGUGAACAAAUGCUGGACAAUCUGUUGAUUUCUGCUAAGCAGAAUCAUCCGAAUCUGGCACCGGUGAAGGCGUUUGUUGCGAGGUUGUUGAGGGAAUUCUCGUCAACUGAUUCAGCCCGGAGAGUGUUGGAGAAGGCUUUUCUGAUGAGUUUGAAGGUAGUGAAGGGAUCAUUGGAGGAGUACUCGAGUCCGGAUUUUCGAGGCGAUCAUGCUGAGACAGAGGCUAUUCAGAGGUUAAAUUUACAUACUGCGUUGACUAAUGGCAAGCACUUGUUGUGGCUUGUGGAGAGGAUGAUUGAGCUUCGAGUUGCUGAUAUGGCGGUUAAGGAGUGGAGUGAGCAGGAUUCUUUUGCUGCUGAUUUACAGAGGGCGUUUCGUGAUGAUGCUUGGAGGAAUAUCGUUCCUGGGCUUCCAACGGUUGUCUUGAAAUGUACAUCGAAACUUGCAAAUGCCGUGGCUUCAGGCAACAUUUUGGUUGCUCGGCAGGUUAGAAUGAAAUUCGUGAAAGAUUGGCUUCCAGUGCUUAUUGUAUGCAAAGACAAUGCAUCUCCUGUGCUUCCGAGUCAUAAGCCUGUUCUUCAUAGUCCUACAACGUUAUAUUUAGAGCUUGAAGAAACUUUUCUGAGGAUAAUCUCAACGUUGCCCAUGGACGAUGCACAAGAGCUAUUGCAGCAAUGCCUAAGUUUCUCUACCCGAGAUUCAGAAGACAGUCCCCAUUUAAUCACGGCCUUCAACACGUGGUUUCGGCGUGCAACUCGGCCAUCGUCUUUUACAACAGGUUUCUCGUAGAAUUCUUCGCUCAUGGCUUUCUUCUAUGGUUAUGUUCGUAGUUGACUGGACUGGCUAAGUUUUCCUGUUUCGAAUGUCCUGUAUAGAUGUGAUAAAACUCUGUUUAAAUAAUGAGCUAAAUUGUGGUAUGAUGUAUUGAUUCCACUUAUGUGUACAUAUGUAAAAUGAACAUGGAAUUCAAUGAGAAAACUUGUUUCGUUUUCUAA